UAUGUAAAUGAGCCGCCGCGCCCCGCCCCGCCCUCGCGCCGCCGCGCUGGCCAAUGAGCUGCAUCUCUCCUCCGAUAGGCCGCGGAGCGGGGGGCGGGGCAUCGCGGAGCGGCCACAGACGGGCAGCGGCGAGGGACCUGCAGCACCGGCAACCAGACCCGAGGCAGUGCCGGGGCCUCGCCCCGGAACAGCCCCCCGAAGAGGUUCCCUGCCUGUGAGCAUUUAGCCCUGCUCCUGGUUCCAGUUCUGGGCUGGCCGGCACUAGCCCCCCGCCAUGCUCGUCCUGCCCCCCGCCCUCACCGAGGAAGAGGAGGCCCUGCAGAAGAAGUUUGCUAAGCUGAAGAAGAAGAAAAAGGCUCUCCUGGCUCUGAAGAAGCAACAGACUUCAACCAGUCAGGCCAGCCAAGGAGGCAUUAAACGCUCCAUCUCGGACCAGCCCGUGGUGGACACGGCCACGGCCACGGAGCAGGCCAAGAUGCUGGUGAAGACGGGAGCCAUCAGCGCUAUCAAGGCAGAGAACAAGAACUGCGGGUUCAAGCGCUCGCGGACACUGGAGGGGAAGCUGAAGGACCCUGAGAAGGGACGCCCAACCUUCCAGCCAUUCCAGCGCAGCCUGUCGGCCGAUGACGAAUGCCAGGAGUCCCGACGCCCGCAGCGGAAAUCCCUCUACGAGAGCUUCGUGAGCUCCAGCGAGCGCCUGCGGGACCCGAGAAGGAGCAGAGACGAGAGGGACCCUGAGAAGGAGCCGGAGCAUGGCGAGGGGCUGCGCACCUUCGAGUGGGACUACGAGCGGGAGCGGAGCCGGGAAAGGGACCGCGAGAGGGGGGACCGGGAGCGGGACAGCAGCUUCCGCCGGUCAGACUCGUUCCCGGACCGGCGGGCCCGCGCAAGGGAACACGGUUUACGUCUACGCACUGACAUGACCCAGAUCCUGCUGCGCGGAGCCUUCUCCCCCUUCGGCACCAUCAUCGACCUCUCCAUGGACAACCCCCGCAAUUGCGCCUUCGUCACCUAUGAGAAGAUGGAGUCGGCGGAUCAGGCCAUCGCUGAGCUCAACGGGGCCGUGGUAGAGGACGUGCAGCUGAAAGUCAGCAUCGCGCGCAAACAGCCCAUGCUGGACGCGGCCACUGGGAAAUCUGUCUGGGAUCGCUGGGCCGUGAAGAACAGCGCGAAGGGCUCUCACCGGGACAAGCGCUCGCAGGUUGUCUAUAACGAGGACCUGUUCUGAUCCCGGCAUGGGGGGCUCGUUAGCACCUUAAUAAACUCACUGAAACUGCA